CGGCGCGAUGCACGUGCGCUCUCUGCGCGCUGCUGCGCCGCACAGCUUCGUGGCGCUCUGGGCACCCCUGUUCCUGCUGCGCUCCGCCCUGGCCGACUUCAGCCUGGACAACGAAGUGCACUCGAGCUUCAUCCACAGGCGCCUCCGCAGCCAGGAGCGGCGGGAGAUGCAGCGUGAGAUCCUUUCCAUCUUGGGCUUGCCCCAUCGCCCGCGCCCCCACCUCCAGGGCAAGCAUAACUCGGCGCCCAUGUUCAUGCUGGACCUAUACAACGCCAUGGCGGUGGAGGAGGGCGGCGGGCCCGACGGCCAGGGCUUCUCCUACCCCUACAAGGCCGUCUUCAGCACCCAGGGCCCCCCUCUGGCCAGUCUGCAAGAUAGCCACUUCCUCACCGAUGCCGACAUGGUCAUGAGCUUCGUCAACCUCGUGGAACAUGACAAGGAAUUCUUCCACCCGCGCUACCACCAUCGGGAGUUCCGGUUUGAUCUUUCCAAGAUCCCAGAGGGGGAAGCUGUGACUGCAGCAGAAUUCCGGAUCUACAAGGACUACAUCAGGGAGCGCUUCGAUAAUGAGACGUUCCGGAUCAGCGUUUACCAGGUGCUCCAGGAGCACUUGAGCAGGGAAUCAGACCUCUUCCUGCUGGACAGCCGCACACUCUGGGCUUCGGAGGAGGGGUGGCUGGUCUUUGACAUCACAGCCACAAGCAACCACUGGGUGGUCAACCCGCGCCACAACCUGGGCCUGCAGCUCUCAGUGGAGACUCUGGAUGGGCAGAGCAUCAACCCCAGGUUGGCGGGCCUGAUUGGGCGGCACGGGCCCCAGAACAAGCAGCCCUUCAUGGUGGCCUUCUUCAAGGCCACGGAGGUCCACUUCCGCAGCGUCCGGUCCGCGGGCAGCAAGCAACGCGGCCAGAACCGCUCCAAGACGCCCAAGAACCAGGAGGCUCUGAGGAUGGCAAACGUGGCAGACAGCAGUAGCAGCGACCAGAGGCAGGCCUGCAAGAAGCACGAGCUGUACGUCAGCUUCCGCGACCUGGGCUGGCAGGACUGGAUCAUCGCGCCCGAAGGCUAUGCCGCCUACUACUGUGAGGGGGAAUGCGCCUUCCCUCUGAACUCCUACAUGAAUGCCACCAACCACGCCAUCGUGCAGACGCUGGUCCACUUCAUCAACCCGGAGACAGUACCCAAGCCCUGCUGUGCUCCCACGCAGCUCAACGCCAUCUCUGUCCUCUACUUCGAUGACAGCUCCAACGUCAUCCUGAAAAAAUACAGAAACAUGGUGGUCCGGGCCUGCGGCUGCCACUAACCCCUCCUGAAAACCAGACCCUCAGGGGAUCUUCUGGAUCGUCCACUGCCCAGCCUGGCUGGGAGUCAGCAGACCAGCCGCCUUUUGUGGGACCUUCCCUUCCCCUGCCCCAUCGUUAAAGGUGUAAGCGUAUUAAGGAAUUUGAGUGGCAAAUGGCUUUUGAUCAGGUUUGGGGCUGCACCAUCCAAUGGGCAAGAUCCUACAGGCUGCUGCGGGCAAAACCUAGCAGGAAAAAACAUAAAGAAAAUUUGCCUGGCUAAGGUCACUGGCUGUGAAGUCUCAGCUGUGUUCAGACUCGUUUCCAGAGGUAAUUAUGAGUGCCCGCCAGCCAGCCAGGCCACCCAGCAGCAGAGGAAGGGGGCGUGGCGAGGGGUGGGCACUUUGGUGUCUGUGCCGAAGGAAAACUGACGCGGAAGUUCCUGUAAUAAAUGUCACAAUAAAACGAAUGAAUGAAAAUGGUUAGGAUGUUACAGAUAUAUUUUCCUAAACAAUUUAUCCCUACGUCUUGGUUUAUUCUGAUUCAUAAAUAGAAGCUGCGUCCCACAGAGGGGUGGGGUGUUGCAGGUUUCACUCUGAGGCUUACAAGUCCCCAGUGUUUACCCAGACUCGCCCAAAUCCAAGAUCUGGUGGGGAGGAGAGAGGGUAGAUGUCUGCUCGGAGGAGGGCAGGCUGUUGACCCUGAAGGAAAACUAGGUUCCAUUGUCUAGCUGGGUGUGUGGUGGCAGGAAUUAAAAUAGGCGUGGGCAACAUUUGAGAUUGGCCUUCCAGCUUGCCCCCGGGGUAGGAAAUCCACGUGAAGUUGCAGAGGGUACCAGGACAGCAAGUAGACAGAACUUGCAAUAGGACCCUGAUGUUCAGCAGUCCUAGAAGGCCGGUUCUCAGUGGGGUUGGUGAGCAGGGCCUCUGCCAGUCUUCUGUGUGGAGUCCUCCCUUCUCCAGCUGUCACUGUGCUCUGACGCUCCCAUCCAGCAGGGGUGUCGGUGGCUGUCUCUUUUCAUUUGAGGAUCCCUGUUACAGGCUCUGCAAACGAAUCAGCUCCUUAAAGUAAGGGAGAGAUGGCCCACUAGGAGGUCUGAUGGGUGCAGGAUGUGCUGGACUCAAAUUGCAAACAGAAGGAUCUAGAAGCUGUGUUGAGGGUGACACCCUAACCAAGCAUCCUGAUGUGGAGGGGGCAUCUCUGACCUGGAUUUUGGUACAAGACCCCCUUGCAUUAGCCAGCGGGUCCCUACAUGGUGUACACCCAGCUCCGGCUGCAAACACUAGGCCUUGGGGAGGGCUGGGUUGUCUGGGAAUAUUUCCUGCACCUACAAAAAGAACAAAGUUAUCCCCGCAAGACUUGUGUCCAUGCGGAAUCCAAUCUACUGGGGAAAUGUUUCUCCAUUUUUAUUAAGUUGGUUCCCAGAAAGACUGGGGUUCUGUUUUUAUUUUCUUUUAUUUUUCCUUCUUCGGUAUUUGGGGCUACAGCUUUUACUCUGCACAGUCACUGCAUUUUGCUUUGUUUAUUGGCGAGUCUGGGUCCUUUUGUGUGACUCCCUCUUGGUGCAAGUUUCUUUACUACUUAAUCACCCAAUCAGCCUCUGGUUAGCAUCAUUUGUACAUUUAAACAUGUAAAUAGUUGUUAUAAGACAAAGAAAUUAUUUAUUAACACCUGAAGCCCUUUUUAAACCCUCCUUUAAUCCCUGUUCAGGAUGAUAAGCUUGCUGUCCUUAGACCUGUUUGUUUUCUUAUUUAAGACUAUUUAUUAAUGGUUGGACCAAUGUACCACGGCUGUUACAUAGAGCAGUUCUUAGUGAAAAUGCUGUAUAAAUAGACAAAAUAAAAAGGGUUUGACUUUGCAAUAAAAGGAGACAUUUGGUUCUGG